UUGGAAAAAAAAAAAAGAUAAAAAUGCAAAGCUUCAAGACAGCUCAAACAAGCUCCCAACUGUAUUGUCAUUCUCCCUUCUUGCUUCGGUAUUAUUAAGGGAGACAAUAAUACCAACCGGAACCCAACACGUUUCUCUGAUCUUGGCGAGAUUCAACAUUCUGCACCUGUGUUUCAUCAUGAAGAUGCUGUUGAUUUAAGCUCAAGCUCAAUGUUUAACAUGAAGUCCAACAAUGUAGCUGUUUCUGUUGCUGGCACUAACUUGCAGUAUGGGACGUUGACCACGACGAACCUUGGGAGUGCAGAGGUUGGUGGUUCAAGUGGGGGUGGGUGCCUGGAUACAGGGAUAAACAUGUACCAGCAAAAAGGGAUGGCUAUGCCAAACAUGCCUUUAGGAAAUGGUCAUGUUGAGAAUUGGGGUGAUUCAGGCAUGGCUGACAACAGCCAACAGACUGAUGAUACUUCCACAGAUAUUGACAUCGAUGACAGAAAUCAAUGCAAUAGAGUUCAGCAUGGGGCACCCACGGUUGUGGACUCGAAGGAUGAGACAAAGAUCAAAGCUGUUGACCAGAAGACUAUGCGGAGGCUUGCUCAAAAUCGAGAGGCAGCAAGGAAAAGUCGGUUAAGAAAAAAGGCAUAUGUACAGCAGCUGGAGAACAGCCGAGCCAAACUCUUACAAUUGGAGCAAGAGCUUCAGCGAGCACGUCAGCAGGGUAUAUUUAUUGCAACUAACGGGGAUCAUACUCAUUCAUCUCUUGGAAAUGGGGCCUUAGCAUUUGAUAUGGAGUAUGCCCGGUGGGUUGAUGAGCAACAACAUUUGCUAAAUGACCUUAGAUCAGCCUUAAAUUCUCAAAUGGGAGAUAAUGAACUGCAUCUUCUUGUUGAUGGUGUCAUGGCACAUUAUGACGAAUUAUUUCGGUUAAAGAGCAUAGGAGCAAAGGCUGAUGUCUUUCACAUGCUCUAUGGGAUGUGGAAGACACCUGCCGAAAGGUGGCUGAUGUGGCUCGGCGGAUUCCGGUCGUCUGAACUUCUCAAGAUAGUUAAGAACCACCUCGAGCCCUUAACAGAACAGCAGUUGUUGGGGAUUUGUAAUCUUCAGCAGUCUUCUCAUCAGGCAGAGGAUGCUUUGAAUCAAGGUAUGGAGGCGUUGCAACAAUCUCUUUCGGACACACUUUCCUCGGCCGCCCUAGGACCCACCGGUGCCGGAAAUGUUGCCGAUUAUAUGAGCCAAAUGGCAAUUGCAAUGGGUAAGAUUGCCAAUCUGGAGAGUUUCCUUCAUCAGGCUGAUGUAUUGAAGCAAGAAAUGCUGCAGCAGUUGCAACGAAUUUUGACCACACGACAAAUUGCACGAGCCCUCCUUGUAAUGAAUGAUUACAUUUCAAGACUAAGAGCACUCAACUCAUUAUGGAACUCAAUGAUGAGUUGCAGCGACUCUCAAGUUUAGAACAUGCUUAAUAAUCAGAUGUACCGGGAAGAAACCUUUAUUAUUAUUAGUUGGUGCAGAUCUAAUUUACUUAGAGAUGAUAAUGGCC